AAACGACAAAAGAGGAAGAACACCAAAAUGGAUUAUUAUUAUUAUUAUUAUUAUUUGUCUUUAGUAUUUAAUUUUUUAUUAUUAUUUUAUUUAAUUUUUUUUCUUAUUAUUAUUAUUUUGUAUUUUUAUUUUGUUUCUGCACAAGCUCCUGUUCCACACUGCAGUAGUCCAGAUGGUGGCGGUAAUGCACCUCUAAGCCAACCGCAGAUAAACACCGAGGAACAAGAAGAAGAAGAAGCAGAGCAACAUGGCGACCGUGAGGAGCGAUGAGUGGAGAGCUGUUUGCGACAAAUUCACCAACGCCCAAAACCUCACUGUCGUAGAGUCACGAAAUGACCCUGAGAACGACCCGUUCCGCUCCAAAUACAAGGCCAGGGAGCUCCUCAGAGAGAUAUACUGCUCGCUCAAGAGCUUCGAGGCCGGCGAAGGAGAGGAGGAGAGCGGCGGUAGCGGCGGAGAGAGCGGCGAGCAGCGGCCGGUGGCAGAGCCGCCGGAGGACGGCCAGAGGGAGGACGGGUUGUUCGGUCAGGGAGACUUCAGUGGAGACUCACCGGCCGGGCUGAGGGCCGCUAAACUCGGGGCUGUGGAGUACUAUCUGGGCGUCAACCACAUUGACACAGAGGAGCUGUCCGCCGGGCAGGAGCAUCUGAUGAACUGUAUGAAGCUGCUGGAGAGAUGCGGAGUGUCGACGGAGAAUGUGUCUCUGUUAAACCACGUCAGGAACCAGCUGGGUAUCCUGUGGGCAGAACGGGAUGAGAUGGAGACGGCUCAGGGAUUCCUAGAAACAGCAGAAUCCACGUACCAACGUUAUAUGAAGGAGGAUGGGAGUCCACCCACUGAUAUGACAGAGUACUUCACUACUGAGGAGAAACUGCUGACACAUCAGGAAAGGACUAAGAGGUUUGAGUUGGCCUACACCCACACCAUGUACUACCUUGCUCAAGUCUAUAAAAACCUGGGUGAAAAUGAGCGUGCUGCUACCUACUGCCACAGCACCCUGCAGAGACAGCUGCAGUUAAAUCAGUUCAGUCCAAUGGAGUGGGCUCUGAACGCUGCUACACUAUCCCAGUAUUACAUCACUGAGGGCCGAUACAUGGAAGGCAGACAUUGCCUCGCAGCAGCUACUGUCAUAUCAGGUUUGGCAGGAGAGGUUCCUUCUGAGGCCGCUGCACAGGAGAGUGAGACAGAGAGUGAGCGCAGAGAGCAGCUUAGGCAGAAGAGAGCAGACAUUGCGAGAUGUUGGAUCAAAUACUGUCUCAACCUCCUGCAGGACUCCAAGAAGCUGCUGGAGGACAGCAUUGGGGAGCUGGAUACUGAUCGUCAAGAAGAGUUGAAGGGAGCGAGGAGACGUGAGGAGGAAGAAGAAGAGAAGGGCAGAAAGAGCGCUCUGCUGUUUGGCUCUGAAGACACCUUUGACUCCAUUGCUAGCCUGGAAGAGAAGGUGCGCUGUUUGUUACCAUUGGACUUCACUGAGGCCAGAGCUGUUUUUCUGGUGGGACAGAAUUAUGUCACACAGGCCAAGGAGUACUUUGUAAUGGACGGUUAUGUGACGGACCACAUAGAGAUCUUGCAGGACCACAGUGCUCUGUUCAGGGCACUGGCUUUCUUUGAAGAGGAUCUGGAGCGGCGCUGCAAAAUGCACAAACGCAGAGUGGACAUGCUAGAGCCAAUCUGCAAUGACUUGAACGCCCAGUAUUACCUAAUGAUACGCAGACAGAUGAUGUUUGAGUUAGCUGAGAUCUACAAUGAAAUGAUGGACCUGAAACUGAAACUGACGCUGGCCAACAGACAAGCUGAUACACAGUCUCUAGAUAACCACACCGUUAAGAAAUUCAACCAUCUCUGCUCUGCCUCUGCCAAAUACUUCCAGAUGUUCAUAGACUCUCUGUGUUCUCCCGAGGGGAAGCCUCCGGAGCACCUGGAGGAGGAGGUGCUCAGACCGGCGCUGGUGGCCCGCUUCAGAGUGGCCCGACUCUACAGCCGGCUGAUCAGCUCUACACCCUCUGUUCAGCUGGAAAACCUCGACAAGUCUCUGGAACACUACAAAUACGUGGUGCAGUACUGUGAGGCCCACCCUGAGGCAGCCGCCACUGUGGGGACGGAGCUGGAGCUGAGUGCGGAGAUGGUCGGCCUGCUCCCUCUCAAAAUCAACCGCCUCAAAGCUAAGAUGGUUGUAAACAACUGAAGGACGCCACUGUUCACCGACUGACUUUUUGGUUGACUAAUAGUGUUAAAUCCAUCCAGAUGAGCCAGUCAGUCUAAAUGUACCACCUUUACAGUCAGUGGAAACUGGCAGACUGACUGACUGACUGACUGACUGUCUUACUUACUUGUAUUGGUGAUGGCCUUUUGUUUUCAGUGGGCAUGCUGCUUUCACAAAACCUUUGAACCCAUUACACGCUGUACAUAUGUGCUCUCCUCUGUGAAGUAAAAUGUGUGGUCAAUUGACUUUUGAUUCAAAUUGCACAGUAAAUAUAGUCUCUUCCAUGCUAAUAUGAAAAUGUCUCUCUUGUAGUACUAUGAGAUAAUUGAGAAUAGUUCAGCACUUUGAAUUGAUUAUGAAUUGACCCAGACCUGUUUUUCUCUUUACAUAGAUGCUUUCUUCCCAACCAGAGUGGUGUGAAGGAAUAUUUGUAGGUCUAUCGCUAAAAUGUCAGACACUCCCUUUGAAACAAAAAAGUAGCUGCUUGGACUAGACAGUCCCCUUUUCAUCCUUGUGGCUGAUAUGUACAUAAUUAAUUAAUUUUGUCACCCUAGUCUGAUUCAUAUUUGUUUUCUAUUGUUAUUCAUACUUGUUUUUAUUUAAUGUGGCUUUAUUUUGUGUAAAGCACUUUAGCACACUAUAAUUCUGUUACUUCAGCUACUUUUCUUGUCUUCUCCGUCUCUGACGGUAAAACAAAUGUUAAGGCCUACUGUAACCAGGGUUAUUUUAACCAUGGUAAUAACGAUAGGCAGCCAAAGGUACAGAUAGUUGAGCUGACCCAGUUUGUACUACUGACAGGUUGUUGUUGUUGUUGCGCCUUAUAACUGAGAUACUCGUUCUGCAAAUAGUCAGAACAAUUGUCUGAACUGUCAGAAGCAACCGUCCCAGUGACGGCCAUUAAGUGGACUUAAUAAUGUUGGUUUAUGAGAUAUAAUAAUCUGCAUGAUGCCGGCUUCAUCCUGGUGAACCUGUGUAUUUUCUUCCCGUCUCUGAGGAAUCACAAUGUCAUUCUGUUAUAUGUCCAGCAGAUACUGUAUGUAAUUGUUAUAAACCAAUGAAGUAAUACACACUUAUGUCACAAUAACAAUAUGUGCUUUUUAUUUGCAAAGAGACGCUGGGUGUAAAAUGUCUCCCCAGUGUUUUCUCUGGUACAUCUCCAUAUAACAGAAGUUGAUGGGUCCCGAAGUAAAAGACUAAAAUUAUCUCAGUUUGGGGCCCAAAUGAGUUUAAGAACCUUUUUUCCAGUCUAUUAAAUCACUUAAUGCAGAGAAAUGUCAUAAAUGAUGUCUAUUAAAACAAAAUUAUCUCUUAAACUGAC